GUUCCGCCUGCUCCACCCCUUUCGGUUAUUUGGGCUGUUCCGUUUCCUGGUGAAAGGUUGCUGUCUGUGUGGGGUGUGUGGGAGAACAUGGCGUUGCCGUGGAGGCAGUGUAGCUGGUGGAUGGUUGGCAAUCACGGCGUGACAUUAAUAAACAACCUGUGUCGCACCCAACAAAGGACACUAACCAUCACGAGUGGCUUGAUUAGGAGGACGGGCACUGCGGCCAUCCUGGGCAGCCCUAGUAGCACUGGAAGCGAGGCUGUAGCUUUUACCAAGAAACCCAACCCUUUGUGGAGGAAGAGCUUCAGAUUGUUUCACACUAUGCAAACUAGAUGUUGCUGCAGCAAUGUGAAUAGUGAUGAACAACUGAAGGCCCCCUUUAAACUUGUUCAAAAAGACUUGAAAAAUCUCUAUGAGGACAUUAAAAAGGAGCUGUUUGUUUCCAAAACGGAACUGAAAUCUCUGUGUGAUUAUUACUUUGAUGGAAAAGGAAAAGCCUUCCGACCAAUGAUUGUGGUGCUAAUGGCUCGUGCAUGCAAUCUUCACAGCAACAGAGACAGAGAGCUGCUUCCGGGCCAGCGCUCAAUAGCUAUGAUCUCAGAAAUGAUUCACACUGCAAGCCUUGUUCAUGACGAUGUAAUCGAUGGCUCUGACACCCGGAGAGGGAAAACUACUCUGAAUGAAGUCUGGGGUGAAAGAAAGGCCAUACUUGCAGGAGAUUUUAUCCUCUCUGUGGCAUCUCUGGCACUGGGCCGUAUUGGCAACAACACUGUGGUAUCAGUCUUAUCUCAGGUCAUCGAAGAUUUAGUACGGGGGGAAUUCAUGCAGCUGGGCUCAAAGGAGACAGAGAACGAGCGAUUUAAACACUACCUCGACAAAACCUUUAAGAAGACUGCCAGUCUUAUAGCAAACAGUUGUAAAGCAGUGUCUCUUCUUGUAAGCUCUGACCCAGAGGUCCAUGAGAUUGCUUUUCAGUAUGGAAGGAAUGUAGGAAUCGCAUUCCAGCUGGUAGAUGACGUGUUGGAUUUUACAUCUUGUGCAAAUCAACUGGGAAAGCCUUCGGCUGCAGAUCUCCGGCUUGGUUUAGCCACAGGACCAGUCUUAUUUGCUUGUCAGCAGUUUCCAGAGCUCCAUGAAAUGAUCAUGAGAAGGUUCAGUUCAGCAGGAGAUGUGGAGCGUGCUUGGCAAUAUGUAUUGCAGGUUAAAUAAAAUAAGGUUAAACCAGUAGAUAUAAAACACAUGGAAGACCAGCAGGAAUACAGGGGAGGACCUGCAACUGGAUACAGAACUGGUUUAAAUAAACAAAGCGAAGAGUGAUUGUGAUUGGUGUAAAAUCGGCUCAGGGGAGUGUGUACAUGGACCCUUACUGUUCCUCAUUUAUAGAAAUGACUUGGACCAGGAAAAAAAAAGACUUUUAUACAUUUUUUUUGAUUAUGUUUAUAUCAGUUAUAACAGAUAUAGUCUGUGUCUGUCUCACCAAUUGUAUAGGGCUGCUUUGCUUUUGCAGUACAGCUAUCCUACACUUUUGAUUAUAAUCACUUCUAACAGACACCUAAAGUGUUACCAAUACACACUGCAAGAUUGUUAAUUUGCAGAUGAUAGCUAACUUGGGAGAGAAGUGGACUCUGAAACUGCAGGCCAGCUAAUUCAAAGGGAAACUGAGCACACUUGUGGCAAAUUCAUUUUAAUGUUACAAAAAUGUGAAGUGUUGCACAUUGGGUGUAAUAGUCCAUGUUAUGAGUACACAAUGAACAGGAUGAAAAUAGGGGACAAAGACUUUGAAAGAACUCUGGAUUAUAGUGGAGUCAUCACUAAAAGUAUCUCGCCAAUGUGGCGAGGCAAUUAAAGAACAUAUGUUAGGCAAUAUUGCAACAAAGCAUGGAAUACAAGUCUAAAGAAGUUAUGCCAAGAUGUAUCCUAAUUAGACCCCACCUAGAAUCCUGUGUGCAGUUUUGGUGAUCUCAUUACAAAAAAGACACUGCACUCAAAAGUAGAGAUAAGGGCAACUAGGCUGAUCCCAGGACUUAAGGACAUAAUUAAAUAUCUUCAGCCUAGCAACGAAAGAGGGGACUUGAUUGAAGUCUUUAAUCAUAAAUGGUGUCUUAACCCAAGACACUACAUCAAGUUCAGCACAGGAGAGAAGAACAUAGGGGCAUAAAUGGAAGCAGAGUAAAAGUGAGUUUAGAACAGAAAGUAGGAUGCACUUAUUUUUACAGAGGGUUACAAAAUGCAUGGAACAACCUACCAGUUUUAAAAAAAAGAACCGGUAGCAGUAUUAAAAUGUUGCAUCUCUUUCUCCCCAAUUCCUAUAGAGCAAUGGUGUCCAACAAACAAACUACCUCGCCCAGCGUUAUUGCCAAGAAGCUAUCCGACAGAUCAGCAAGCUGUCUCCUUCCCCAGAGAGGGAGGCUCUCAUACAACUCACAGAAAUCAUUCUGAUUCG